AACAAAGCUUGGCUGCCAUGUUCGAAACAAAACAUCUUUUGUGUUUUCCCUUAUCAUAUCUCUAUUGUCUAAUUGUUUUUAUCAGAUAAACUCCAUCAUGAAGAAAAAGAUGGUAGUGAAAGUAAGUAUGAACGGCGAUAAAUCCCGCUCCAAGGCGUUGAAAAUUGCAGUUGGUCUCUCAGGGGUGGAGUCAGCUGCGUUGAAGGGGGAUGAUAAGAGCCAAAUAGAGGUAACUGGGGACGGAGUCGAUGCAGUUAAGCUAACAAGUCUGCUGAGGAAGAGAGUGGGGCAUGCCGAGCUGGUCAGCGUCGCUGAUGCCAGCGGGGACAAAAAGGAAGAGAAGGACGAGACAAAGUCGGAACAACCGCCGAACUAUAUACCGUAUUAUUAUCAGGCGGUGCCGUCGUAUGGAUAUGUCGAAAACUAUGGACCCUCUUGCUCCAUCUUGUAAUUAGAGGGACACAGUCCACACAAACCACAACCAAUAAAAUCACACGCUUGGCUUAAGUUGCUCAAAUUUAGCAGUUGAUUAUCAUAUUCCAAAGUUGAAAUCUUUUUCAUCC